UCUGGUACAAUUAUGCAACGAAGGGACAGACGAGUUUCGACUGGCGAUGAAGCGCUGUUGUGCUCCCCUUCCACAGUAACGUCUUCGGACCAGCAACAGAUGCUGAACGUGCGCAGCAAUCAAACUUAUCCCUUCGUUGGCAGCAGUGGACGCAGUCAUGACGAGGAGCUCCUGUCCCAUGCUUUCCUUGACGAGGUCUCAGAGGGUGCAGUCGAAGCCGCACUCUCUCGGGCGACAUCGGAGGUACUCUGUGUAUUGAAUUCUUAUAUGGAGGUAGAUGUACUUAGAUAAUCUUCAGGAUAAAGAAUUCACAUCCAGGUGGUAGCGAUUAGGUAGGUCAUAACUACGGCUUUUUCUUUUUCCUCUGAUAAUGGGAUAGUAUGGUAAUGCUAUCCAUACCCAUACUACGACACUGCUUCACACUAGAGGUCAUAUACUGCUCAACACAUGCCCUUCUUUCCAGGUACUGACAAAUCACGCUUUAUCGACACGGAGCGUGGAGGCAGCCGUGGCCGCCAGUGUUGGAGUUGGCGGAAGAGCCGCCCCCGCAGCGUCAGGAGCCGACUCAGUGGAGGCUGACAUCGAUGCCCACGCGACUGGAGAUAGUAACACGAGUGCAACAGGGACAAGUGCUGCAGUUGGCCUCUGGGGUAAAUUGGGUUUGCAACUCAAUCGGAUUCCGUUUCUCAGCGGCUCUGUCCGAGAGGAGAGCACAACUGGUGUAUGUCAAGGAGCAGCAGCAUCAUCUGAAGUUCCCGAAGUCUCCACUUUGGAGCGUGAAGCGGACAACGAGGCGGCAGACGCACCUGCAUCGUUCCAAUCAGCCGCUGACGAGCGAGAUGACCAUGUCGUGGAAGGCAUCAAACGGACGAUUAAAGAUGGUGAUGGAGCAGGUGAUGAAGUGAAUCGUACAAGAAAUGUAGGACGAACAGAUCUUCACACGACAAACGAUGAAAAAAAAAAUAUAACGACAAGAACCCAUGAAGGAGGUGAAGGUAGAUUAUGCCGCAAGACGCGGUCUGAUGGAAAAGAUGAAGGAGUCUCUUCUGCGACUCGGGAUGCACAAGCCGAGCAGACUGUGGUGUCUCGGAGCCGUGAAAUGAGUGAGGCAAAUUAUACAGCGAAGGAGGAAGCGACUGUAGAUGACAGGCAGUCUAUCACCACUGGACAACUUGAUUCGGGGAGAGACGAAGAGGAUCAGAAAAGUCCUGAUUCACAGAUGGAUGAGCGUAACGACCAACAUGUGCAAGAAGAGGAGCUGCCCUCCGAGGAAGCUACUUCACGGCCCGAUGGAGAUGACAUCAACGCUCAAGGGGACCCUGGACUGCGGAAGAUGGAGAACGAAGAAAACCCACAAGAAAAUCCUAAGCCCCGGAGCAUUACUUCUUCGGAGAGGGAAAGUAGAGGCAAAGGGCGAUCGCUGCUUGUUCUGGGCGCUUCUUCGGGACACACGGAAUUGUGGGUUCUGGGUGUUUUGAUUGAGCUACUUGUGUGCCUUCUGCUAUCGGUAUUGCCGUGUUUACCGGCACCAGCGAACUGCUGCCGGAUGCUGCUACCGUUCCUCUGUAUUUUCCUCUUGCUUGGUUGGCUUGCUGUAGGUAUCGGUAGGGCACGGUUUGCCGUUGUUUGGUAG